AAAACCAGAAUACAAUUUUACGAUAAAGCAAAAACUUAUUAAGUUAUGAAAAAUGGGUAAUGGUUGCUUACAGCAAAACAAGAUAUACCCAAAAAACACUCACUGUUCAGCUAUCAAGGAACACAUUUCUAUUUCUGAUAAUUCAGAAGUAAAAUAUAUAAAAAUGCCGCUUUCAUGGCAGGAGAUAGAAACUCUUAAAAUUUCUUGGAUAUCAGCUAAACAAGUUUGGAAUGAAAUAUGUACUUGUGCGUUCGGAAGGUGGUUUUCAACUUAUCCUGAAAUUUGUAAAAAAUUUGGAAUUUACGAAACAAGCAUCACAAUAAAUGACGUUUUAUCUUCGAAAUCAUUGUGCAUUCACAUUCGAAAGUCAGUGGAGUUGAUCGAAACAAUAAUUAAAAAAGUUGAUGAGAGACAAGAGUUAUCAAACCAUCUUAUUGAACUUGGCAAGUUGCAUUACAGGCUAGGUGCAGAGCAAAAGUAUGCUACGGCACUCGGUUCAAGUUUUGUGUUUGCUAUCAGCCAGAUAUGUCCAAACACAAAUAUGAUAACAGAAGGAGCUUGGGAUUCACUGUUUAAGUACAUAGUAACUCACAUAAAACUUGGAAUUCGAAUGGAAGCAGGAAAAAACGACAGUUUAAAUGAAACUGACAGCUCAAAUUAAUUAAAUAAAUUGACAUUUUUAAAAUUCGUUCAAAAUGAAUCCUGAAGAAGAAAAUUCAAUUUGUUGUUAAAAGCCUUAAAUUUUUUUAUUUGAUUUUGAAUUUUCAAAUUUUUUUGUUGCUAUUUUUUCAAUAAAUAUCAGUAUCUACAAAUUAUCCAAGUAUUUACAAACAUACACGUUUUUGUUGCUGUUUUUUAUAUUAUAUUAUUUUUUACGUUGAUAAAAACGAAACUUUUAAUCAAACAAACAACAAAG